AUGAACUUGGAUAACAGUCAAUUGACUAAGUAUCUCAUUGUCGCAUUUGACACCGAAACGAUGGAAGUGAAUCCAUCUGAAGAAAUUUGGUCUUUACGCAUCUUGGCAAUGCGGAUUUCUUUACAAAAUCCGUUUUCCUUUUUCGGUAUUGAUGAGUUUGAAGAUAAACCGGAUGACAACCAUGAUUUCUUUUCAGGUGAAUGGAACAAUCCACGUCUACGCUUGGAGCAUCCCUUGGUGGGCUUUUGGUUAAUUUGCUCCGAAUUGUUUGACUACCCAUGGAUUAAUGAGUUUCUGUUGGAGUAUUACGACGACCCGCCAUCCGCAAUUGUCGACGCAAUCAAACAAAGGAGAACUGAUGAGUCCAGCAAAGCCCUGCAAACCAAGAACUAG